UUAUCAUUCACUUAAAAACAUAAAUGCUAUUCUUGAACUGUACAGAAGUCUACUCUCUAAAGUUUUUUGUAUGUGAGUACUCAUCCACAGCAAUGAAGAAUAUUGUGUUUGCUUUGCUGGUUGUGGCUGUGGCUUGCAACGCAGAUGAUAAAAUCAUUGGAGGUUAUGAAUGUUCAGCAAACUCCCAGCCCUGGCAAAUCUACCUUACUUAUGAUAAUGGGCAACGCUGGUGUGGAGCAUCUCUGAUUAAUGAAAGAUGGGUUGUUUCUGCUGCUCACUGCUAUGUUUCAGCUUCUCGUCUUACUGUCCACCUGGGAGAGCACAAUGUGUACGUUGAAGAAGGCACAGAGCAGCGGAUCGGGGCAGAGAAAGUGAUUCCUCACCCAAAAUAUAACGAUUUUUCCUAUGACAAUGAUUUCAUGCUGAUCAAGCUGAAAGAGCCUGCCGUUUUCAACCAGUAUGUGCAGCCAAUCUCUCUGGCAACCAGCUGCUCUUUUGCUGGGGAGCAGUGUUUGGUUUCUGGUUGGGGCAAUCAGAUCACCACUGGAGUUGACUAUGCUGACAAGCUGCAGUGUCUGGAUUUGCCUGUGCUGUCAAGGUCACAGUGUGAAAGUGCGUAUGGAUGGCAAAUCACUAAUAACAUGUUCUGUGCUGGAUUCAUGGAGGGAGGCAAAGACUCAUGUCAGGGUGAUUCUGGCGGUCCUGUGGUGUGUAAUGGAGAACUGCGAGGAGUUGUGUCUUGGGGCUAUGGCUGUGCUCAAAGAGGCUAUCCUGGGGUUUAUGCUGAGGUCUGCCGCUACACAGACUGGGUCCAGUCCACCAUAGCUAGCAAUUAACUAUUUGCUCAGCUAAGUUGGACUGUAAUCAAAAUCAGCUUGGAAUAAAUAAAAGUGUUUCUGUCCUUCAUUUUA